GAAGCACGCGUGAUGAAUUCGCGCCAAUGCAGUUUUGUUUUUAAUUUGUUUCCCAUACACACGUGGCAAAGUUAAUUGACUGUGUCAAGUGAAUCUUAAUGCAGUGACUUCAAGGCAAAGGAUUACAGUUGGAAAGAAUAAAACAUGGAAGAUGAAGACUCCCAUGUGACAGUCAAAAACGUGAUCAGCCGACUGAACGCCAGAGCUCUGCAGAGGUUGAAUCAGGGACUUGAUAAGCUGGGAAUGGUGGGAAGGUUGGAGCCUACCUUGGAUAGAGUGACAUUUGAGAGUGAGAGACUUAGAAGUCAGAGUGAAGCAUCGUCUAGGAGGAAUAGCGACGACGGGGGAAGAGCUAAAAGAGAGCGACUAAGAGAAGAUGGCACCAACUCUGAACCUCCAACAGCAUCAGUUACGGUCAACAACGCUUGGAAUGAAGAUAGCUUCAGCUCAACCAACAAGACGGACCUCAGUUCUGAUGCCAAUGACUAUCUGGAAUUUCGACGGCGAAGCCAGGAACUGGCGUUACCUGGAACUCCAUUGCACGAAGCCACAUGGAAGUCAGCUGAUAGUCUGGUCUCCGAUAAUACGUUUGGUUCAGCUUUGGCUAACAUCAUUGAAAGUCCUGCUAACAAGAGUACACCAGUUAUGGAGCUAGCUGGAAAGAUUUCCCUUCGGGAUGACAUUCAAACUCAUUCUCGCGAUAGUUCUGAGGAAAGAAAGCUGAAGGGUUGGAGGCUUGUUAGGAACGUUACGUCAGCAGCUGGGGCCUUCUUGCCUAAGUUUAGGGACACGCCAGCCUUGCCAGGAACACCUAUACCUAAUCAUUCUAAUGACAUGGAAACUAAAAAUACCCCGAGUGCCAAAGAGAGAAAACAUUCGACCCCAAACAACGGCGAAGGAAAUGAAAAACAUGAUAUUAUUGGAGAGAUAAGUGCAGAAGGUCUUGAUCCAGAUUCCUUGAUGUUCAGAGAUGGUAGACGCAGAAUUGACAUGGUGCUGGCAUAUGAGGAAGAAGACUUCGGUGUGAUGACAGAGGCUGAAGCUAGGAAGCGAGAUCAUAGACGAAUCUUUCAAGAAAAUCUCAUCAAAGAGGGCCUAGAACUGGAGUUGGAGAACAAAAGCCUCUCAUUCGAUGGCAAGACCUGGUUCCUGAAGAUUCAUAUACCCUGGAAGACAGAGAUGAGAUUGGCAGAAGUGAUCGGCAUGAAGUUACCCACGAAACGGUUCAUCACUAUUUCUGUCAAAGCUUGGAGUGACGAAAAACAGGCAGAGAAAGAUAAACAAUGGCAUUCGAAGUGGAGACGGAAAUGGAAAGAGUUUUACGAAUAUGAUCACAGCAAAAUAGAACCCCAACCAUCCUUCUAUGCGUCCACUGAGCGACCGGGGGUUAGGAGGGAGGAACAAUUUCUAGUAAAAGACAGAUAUACUCAGUUCUCACCAGCUCAAAGAAGUUUGCUGGUAAUGCAGAUCCUGCUUCGAACUAGAUAUGACAGUAAUGAGACUAAGUUGGGGAUCCGACGACUUCUCAAUGAUGGCACGUUCCUGGCAUGUUUUCCACUACAUGAAGGGAGAUAUGACGCGGAUAAUCCAGACACAACACAAACAGAUAGACGCCUUCUCUACCUCGAGUGGGCUCGCCCUUGCAAGUGGUACAAGAAGCAGCCUCUCUGGCUGGUGAGAAGAUACUUCGGGGAGAAAAUAGCCCUGUACUUCUGUUGGCUGGGGUUCUACACCAAAAUGCUGUACGCACCAGCUAUUGUAGGAACCUUGUGCUUUCUAUACGGCUUAGCUAGUAUGGAUUCUGGCGAUAACAUUCCCAGCAAAGAGAUCUGUGACACAAGCGGCCCUGGCAACAUUACACUGUGUCCGCUUUGUGACAAGGCCUGUCAGUACCAGAGACUGUCAGAUUCGUGUCUGUUCGCCAAACUGACGUAUCUGUUUGACAACCCUGCAACUGUGUUCUUCGCCAUUUUUAUGUCUUUUUGGGCCACAACAUUUCUGGAGUUAUGGAAACGUAAGCAGUUCGUUCUCAGAUGGGAGUGGGACUUAGGUGGUGUUGAUCAAGAUGAAGAUCCCAGACCAGAGUUUGAGGCUUCUGUUAAGACAUAUCGCACAAACCCAGUCACCAGAGAGAAGGAGCCAUUUCUACCUCCGUGGCAGAAGACCAUGAGAUAUGUCGCCACUAGUUCAGCUGUGCUGUUCAUGAUUGCUGUGGUGAUUGGUGCAGUCCUGGGCACCAUUAUAUACAGGAUAUCAAUGGUGUCGGUAAUCUAUGGAGGCAGUGGGUUCUUCUUGAAGCGACACGCCAAGAUAUUCACCGCAAUGACCGCUGCGUUAAUUAAUCUGACAAUGAUCAUGAUUCUAACACGAAUAUAUGGAAAGGUUGCGGUGUUUCUCACGAACAUUGAGAAUCCCAGGACACAGACAGAGUAUGAAGACUCUUACACGUUCAAGAUCUUCUUCUUCGAGUUCAUCAAUUUCUACUCAUCGCUUAUCUAUAUAGCCUUCUUUAAGGGACGCUUCUACGACUACCCAGGAGACGACCAGGCUCGGAAGUCGGAGUUUUUCAAACUGAAAGGAGACAUCUGCGACCCAGCCGGAUGUUUGUCAGAGCUCUGUAUACAACUCGCUAUCAUCAUGAUCGGAAAACAGUGCUUCAAUAACUUCGUGGAGCUUGGAUACCCUAAGCUACACAACUGGUGGAGGCAGAGGUCCCACAGAGCGGUCACGAGGGAUCCCCAGAAACCCCACAUGGCCUGGGAGCAGGAUUAUCAUUUGCAAGAUCCUGGGAGAUUGGCGCUGUUUGAUGAGUACCUUGAAAUGAUUCUGCAAUUUGGCUUCGUUACGCUCUUCGUUGCAGCGUUCCCUCUAGCCCCGCUGUUUGCACUUCUGAACAAUAUUGCAGAGAUCAGACUGGAUGCGUACAAGAUGGUGACACAGGCUAGAAGACCACUUGCAGAGAGAGUAGAAGAUAUUGGUGCUUGGUACGGUAUUCUUAAGGGCAUCACAUACGCAGCAGUGGUCUCCAACGCUUUCGUGAUUGCGUACACGAGUGAUUUCAUACCGCGAAUGGUGUACAAGUAUGUAUACUCCGCUGACAACACUCUGGCUGGAUACAUAGAUCAUUCGUUGUCAUUAUUCAACACAUCCGACUACCGCGAGGAGUGGGGGGCUGAUGAGAAUGAAGUAGAUCCCCCUACGUGUGCGUACAGGGGAUACCGGAAUCCCCCCCAUCACACGGACCCCUAUGGCCUAUCCCCACAUUACUGGCACGUGUUCACCGCAAGACUGGCUUUCGUCGUUGUCUUUGAGCACGUGGUCUUCGGCCUAACUGGUCUAAUGCAACUCUUUAUACCAGACAUACCACCGGAACUGAAGACCCAAAUGCAGCGAGAGAUGCUCCUGGCGAAGGAAGCUAAGUACGAGCAUGGUAGAAGAAGACUUUCCACGGAGUACAGACAGUUGAUUAGUCAAAAGAAUGAAAAUAACAAUGAUCGCUCCGGGGUGUGGUUCCGGCGCACUUCCCGCGCAUCAGACAGCCUUGAUGCACAUGUCGCAGUCACUCAGCGGCCAUCUUCGCCACAGAUAACCGACUGACCAUAGACAAACGUCACUCAGCAAUAGCUCGCCGAACUAUAUUUGAGAAUACAAAUUAUAUUAUGUAGCUAGACGUAGCACUUACCUUUACUUAAUAAACUUAAUGGUAUAUCCAUUGGACUGGCGGCUGUCAAAGUGCUUUUGUGCCCGUUUGAUAUUCGCCAUUUUGGCGCUGUUGGCCAUGUAGCGAGAAUAAA